AGGCCUCGACUGAAGCACGAGCACGAGCUCUCUCACACACACGCGCGCAAUGAAAUGAAAGAAUGAAAUGAUUGACGAUAUAAAGCGAGUAUAAAAGCGAGUAAAUUCAGUCAGAUGUUCUGAGGUGAUCAAUGAGAUUCACUCACAGUGAUCUGGAAUGGAAGAACUGAUCAAUACAGGCCAGUCAGACGUUGUUGGUAGACUGGCAUUCAAAUACAUGGAGAUGUGUAAAGUAGAUUCGAGUUCAGACUCUGAAUCAGACACAAACCCCAGAUGGUCUGAUGUCAGCAGCAAGGGUUGUGAAAGCAGCGCUCCGGAGAACCGGGAAGCUCCUAAGAAACUCCAGAAAAACUACCAACAGUGUCUGGAUCCCUACGAUGGAAGUUCUGAAGACUCUGGUUCUUCUGAUGACGGUGUAAAGAAGCAAAGACACGGUGGUCUUCGGAUCAAAGGAACCGGUCGUAGAUCCUCCGUCAACCCUCAGAUGAGGAGAGCUGGGACACGGCCGGACGAUCCAGAUGUCCAGAUGAGGUCAUCCAGCGACUCGGAGGUCUGUAACCAGGACUGCUGGUCUGUAAUGUGUGCAAAACCGGAUCUGUCCGACUCCGGGUUCAACAGCAGAUCCGGCCUCAGCUCUCCUGCGGUGCCGUCCGCUCCAGAGACGCUCCUCCACGCCGCCGGCCCGUCCUGCAGCAGGAUCCCGUCAGGAUCUCCAGACAGCCCGGCUGUCCAUGCGGCCUUUUCCAAGAGGAAGUUCUUUCCGCCUUCGGGCGAGGUGGAGGACGGGAUGCGGAGGAAGCGGCAGUGCAUCAGUGACAUGGAGGUCUGAACGAGGCCUGCAGAUGGACCUCAUGUUCACUGCCAUGAGAAGGUUUUGUUUCCCUAUUUAGUCGGUUGGAAAGAGACACUCAGAAAGAGAGAGUAAGUGCAGGUGUUGAAGUACAUAUGAGACGAGAGUUCUUCCUUCAUUCCCUGACCUCAGAUUCAACACUGUUGACGCCAAAGUUAUUUCAAUAAUAAAUUAUGACUAAUAAACCUAAACUUCAUUCAUGA